AUGUCUUCCUAUGGUGGUUCUCUUUUUUUGGAGUAUUUUUUUUCGUCCCCCACGGGGCUGCGCAGAGGCCGUGGAGCGAGGUCGGCGGCCGCGCUUCGAGAGACUACAAUUUCCAUGAGGCUUUGUGGCACAACAGACUACAACUCCCGGCGUCCCCCCGCGGGCAGGGACAAUGAACUCCAUUUUAACGUAAACAAACUACAUCUCCCAGCGCUCCUGGCCCGCGAGGUGCGCCCGGCCUCCUCCCCCUUUGCCCUGCGGCGCGCCGACAAUCGUUCCGCGCACACGCAGCGCGGCCGGUGGAGGCGCUUCCCCUCGGGAGAAGGCGGCCCCAGCCCCGCCUGGUUCCCGCGGCAGGAGGAGGAGCAGCUGCAGCGCUCGGUGAGCUGGCGGCCGUGCCUGCUCAUCCUGGGCCAGAACUGCGGCGCCAAGGGCCGGCUACUGAACGCGCUGCUGGGCCAGCAGCUGCUGCCCGCGCCCGGGGCUGGCGACAAGGAGCUGCCCGCGCCCGGGGCUGGUACUGAGGAGCUGCUGCCCAGGCUUGGGGAUGGCACCGAGGAGCUGCUCACACCCGAGGCUGGCACCGAGGAGCUGCCCUCACGCAGGGCUGGCACUGAAGAACUGCUGCCCUCACCCACGUCCUGCACUGAGGAGCUGCCCUCACGCAGGGCUGGCACUGAAGAACUGCUGCCCUCACCCACGUCCUGCACUGAGGAGCUGCCCUCACGCAGGGCUGGCACUGAAGAACUGCUGCCCUCACCCACGUCCUGCACUGAGGAGCUGCCCUCACGCAGGGCUGGCACUGAAGAACUGCUGCCCUCACCCACGUCCUGCACUGAGGAGCUGCCCUCACGCAGGGCUGGCACUGAAGAACUGCUGCCCUCACCCACGUCCUGCACUGAGGAGCUGCCCUCACGCAGGGCUGGCACUGAAGAGCUGCUGCCCUCACGCAGGGCGGGCACCGAGGAGCUGCCCUCACGCAGGGCAGGCACUGAAGAACUGCUGCCCUCACCCAGGGCGGGCACCGAGGAGCUGCUCACACCCAGGGCUGGCACCGAGGAGCUGCCCUCACGCAGGGCGGGCACUGAAGAGCUGCUGCCCUCGCCCACAUCCAGCGGCGAGGAGCGCUGCCGGCGCCGCCGCGUGCGCUUCACCCACGGGGCACGGACGCGGCUCAGCCUGGCGCUGCCCGGGCAGUACGAGCUGGUGCAGGCGCUGGCAGCGCACCGCGGGCACUGGGACACCAUCCCCGAGCAGGACCUGCAGGUGCCCGGCGACGCCGAGGAUCCCGCGCAGAGGGCGGCAGAGCUGGAGGUGGUGCUGCCCUACGCGCUGCUCAAGGAAGUGGACAUCGUGGUGGCUCCAUGCCGGGGCUUCCAGUCAGCUGAGGCCACUCUGGGUGAAUUUGUGAACCAGGUGCUGCCCGUUGUCACCUUCGCCAUCAGCGAGCCCCAGCUGUCCCCAUCAGACCAGGCAGAACUUCGGGACAUCAAGGAGAAAUUCUCCCUGCCCAUCUUCUUCCUGCGAGUCUCCGAGCCCUGCGGCGAGCCCGACAGGGACAGAUCCCCCCUGCAGCGGCAGCUGCUGGACCUGGAGCUGCUGAGCCCGUCCGGCCCGUGCGGCGUUCCCGCCCCCUCCAUGCCGGAGAGGCUGCGGCUGCUGAGCGCCUUCUGCAGGCAGGUGCUGCAGCAGCACCUGGUGCAGGCGGCCACCCGGCUGAGCGAGGUGCACGGCCGCUGCCUCAACAUCUUCAUCAACCAGGCCUUCGACAUGCAGAGGGACCUGCAGAUCACCCCCAAGCGCCUGGAGUACACGCGCAGGAAGGAGAGCGAGCUCUACGAGUCCCUCAUGGGCAUCGCCAACCGCAAGCAGGAGGAGAUGAAGGACAUGAUCGUGGAGACGCUGGGCAGCAUGAAGGAGGAGCUGCUGGAGGAUGCUGCCAGCAUGGAUUUCCGAGACAUCAUCAUCCCUGAGAACGGCGAGCCCGUCAGCUCCAAGGACAUCAAACGCUGCAUCCAGCAGAUCCAGGAGCUGAUCAUCUCCAGGCUGAACCAGGCUGUGGCCAACAAACUGAUCAGCUCCGUGGAUUAUCUGCGGGAGAGCUUCGUGGGCACCCUGGAGCGCUGCCUCAAGAGCCUGGAGGAGUCCUGGGAGGGCUCGGUGCACCCGGCCCGGGGGCUGGAGAAACCCCGCGAGGGCGCCGUGCACAUCACCAGCAAUUACCUCAAACAGAUCCUGAAUGCAGCCUAUCAUGUGGAGGUCACUUUCCACUCGGGCUCGACGGUGACCAGGAUGCUGUGGGAACAGAUCAAACAGAUAAUCCAGCGGCUCACGUGGGUCAGCCCCCCGGCCAUCAGCAGUGACUGGAAGAGGAAGGUGGCCCAGGACGCCAUCGAGAGCCUCAGCGCCUCCAAACUGGCCAAGAGCAUCUGCAGCCAGUUCCGCACACGCCUCAACAGCUCCCACGAGGCCUUCGCUGCCUCCCUGCGCCAGCUGGAGGACGGCCACUGGGGCCGGCUGGAGAGGACGGAGGACCUGUGGCUGAAGGUGCGGAAGGAGCACGCGCCCCGGCUGGCACGGCUGGCCCUGGAGAGCAGGUCCCUGCAGGACGUGCUGCUGCACGGGAAGCCCAGGCUGGGCAGGGAGCUGGGCCGAGGCCAGUACGGGGUGGUGUACCUGUGUGACUCCUGGGGGGGACACUUCCCCUGCGCCCUCAAAUCCGUCGUCCCCCCGGAUGAGAAGCACUGGAACGACCUGGCACUGGAAUUUCACUACAUGAGGUCCCUGCAGUCCCACGAGAGGCUGGUGCACCUGCACGGCUCCGUCAUCGAUUACGGCUACGGGGGAGGCUCCAGCAUUGCUGUGCUGCUCAUCAUGGAGAGGCUGCACAGGGACCUCUACACGGGGCUGAAGGCUGGGCUGGAAUUGGAGCCACGGUUGCAGAUUGCCUUGGAUGUGGUGGAAGGGAUCCGGUACCUGCACAGCCAGGGCUUGGUGCACAGGGAUAUCAAACUCAAAAACGUCCUGCUGGACAAAAAGAAUCGGGCCAAGAUCACAGAUUUGGGGUUCUGCAAACCCGAGGCGAUGAUGUCCGGCAGCAUCGUGGGCACCCCCAUCCACAUGGCUCCUGAGCUGUUCACAGGGAAAUAUGACAAUUCUGUGGAUGUUUAUGCCUUUGGGAUCCUGUUCUGGUACCUCUGCUCAGGCCACGUGAAGUUACCCGAGGCUUUCGAGAGGUGUGCGAGCAAAGAUCACCUGUGGAACAACGUCAGGAGAGGGGUGCGGCCGGAGCGGCUGCCGGUGUUCGAUGAGGAGUGCUGGCAGCUGAUGGAAGCCUGCUGGGCCGGGGACUCCUCCCAGCGGCCUCUGCUGGGAAUCGUGCAGCCCAUGCUGCAGGGAAUCAUGGACAGGCUCUGCCGGGCCGCCUCCGAGCAUCCCCACAAAGGCCUGGAUGACUCCACCUGAGCGGCAGCUGCGGCGGUCGGCGAUUGAGGCGGGAUCUGGCGAUUCCAGCCCCGCCUGGCAGAGCCCCGAGCCAGCCCCGAGGGGACAGGGAGGAGCUCAGAGGGAGCUCGGGGUGGGGACAGCUCCAUCCCAAUCCCACCCCGCUAUCCCUUUGGAAUUGUGCUGCCAGGGGGUGGCAAAUCCGAACCCUUUGGACUCGCCAGUCCCACCCCGAGCCUUGUGAGUGAUCUGUGGGAUGGGGAAAUCCUUUCCCAAAACUCCGGGAUGAGGAUCCUGCUCCUCCCUCAGCCGUUGGCAGCAAUUCCAGAGCUCUCGGAGGGGAAGGAAAAGGCACAAAACUUUAGGAUAAGGAAGUGUUGGGAAGCUCCAAGGAGCUGGAAAUGUUUACAUGGACAGGAGCAAAGCUUCCGUGUUUUUCUAUGGGGACUUGGAAAACCCCACCUGGAUAAGCUAUUGAUCCCUAAUCCCACUUUUUCCUCCUCUUUCUCUCUCCUUUGCUUCCUUACAUUUCUUGGAAUGGCUGGAGAAACCUUCCCUUGAUUUCAUUCCUCAGAGGCUCUGCUUUGUAGCAGCACAAAAAAAGUCCUUAAAAAUACUGAUUUUUCCAUGGGGAAAGUGCCAAAAUUCCUUUUAGACCAGGAUUUGGGGCUUGGAAUUCAUGGGAAUGUCAUGGCAGUUUUAAAUGGGGCUGAGUCUGCACAGGAAUAUUUUAAAAAAAGAGGUUUUUCCAGCUUUUUGUUUCAAGUUGGAGGGUAGAAAGAUCCUUCUUCUCCUCACUUUCACUCCAGGGCUGGAAUGUGGUUGGAAAGAAUUUAAAAAAACGGGGAUAUGGGAAGAGGGGGAUCAUGGGCAAGGUUGUCUUUCCCAAAUUCCUGGAAAUCCCAGUUUGCUUCCUGCAUUUUUGGGGUGGAAUUGGGCUGAUGUGGAGCAGGAAAGGCCCCUUGGUGGCUCCAUGAGGAACUGGGGAGUUGGGAACUCUCCCUGGAAUUCCCAGGGCAGGUGGAAUUCCUUGGCUGAAAUUCCAGCUGCCCGUGGCUGAGGAUGGGUUUAGUGGGAAUCUUUUCCUUUCUUUGUGCAAUAAAUGGAUUCAGAAGCUUUUUAUGGGAGGAAAGAAAAAAAAAAAAA